UUAUGCCGUUAAUUCAAGCUCAGGCUUGGUGCACUUAUUGCCAUCAGCGGUGUCCUAUCAGAGUCCAGAUAAAGCGAUCUGCUGCAUCAGGACUUCUGAAAGGGCUUAAGAAUGACACAUCACGUCUUUUCCCUCUCAGACACACAUACAGGAGCAGAGACUUAAACACAGGGCAGCUGACCAUGUGUGGACAGAAGUUUUGUUCCUUCCUGCGUGGACUUUCUCGCAGGAAGCCUCUGGAGCCGGAGGGCGAAGUGUCCACCUUCCACCGCUGUCUGACCACAGUGGACCUGGUGGCUCUGGGUGUGGGCAGUACUCUCGGCGCUGGUGUUUACGUGCUGUCCGGCGAGGUGGCCCGGACACUCUCCGGCCCUAGCAUCAUCAUCUCCUUCCUCAUCGCCGCCCUGGCCUCCAUCUUUGCCGGACUGUGCUAUGCUGAGUUCGGCUCCAGGGUACCCAAGACGGGUUCGGCGUAUCUCUACAGCUACGUCACUGUGGGGGAGGUGUGGGCUUUCAUCACAGGGUGGAACCUGCUGCUGUCCUAUGUUAUAGGCACCUCCAGCGUGGCCCGAGCAUGGAGCGGCACUUUUGAUGACCUCAUUGGAAAUGUGAUGGCCAACUACUUCAGCAAACACGCGGCCAUGGGUCUGCCCGGCCUGGCUCCUUACCCAGACUUCUUUGCAGCUGGUCUCAUCAUGAUUCUCGCUGGCCUCCUUGCCUUCGGCGUGAAAGAGUCGACCACAGUCAACAAGAUUUUUACCAGCGUCAACAUACUGGUGUUGGUCUUCGUCAUCAUCACUGGCUUCAUCAAGGGGAAUCUGGAGAACUGGAGGAUCACAGAGGAAAUGUUACAGAACGUAACAGCAGAGCUUGAAAAUCUGACGUCCACACUGAAUGUGACCUCUGAGUUUGGGGUCGGUGGGUUCUUCCCCUAUGGGUUUGAGGGCACGCUGGCCGGAGCAGCAACAUGUUUCUAUGCCUUUGUGGGGUUUGACUGCAUUGCAACUACAGGGGAGGAGGUGAAGAACCCUCAGAAGUCCAUCCCUCUGGGAAUCGUCAUUGCUCUUCUCAUCUGUUUCUUGGCUUAUUUUGGCGUGUCGGCCGCUCUGACUCUGAUGAUGCCGUACUACCUACUCAACAUCCACAGUCCACUUCCCGUCGCCUUCGCCUAUGUGGGCUGGGCUGCAGCCAAAUAUGUGGUGGCUGUGGGAUCCCUGUGCGCACUCUCUACCAGUCUCCUGGGCUCCAUGUUCCCAAUGCCUCGAGUGCUGUUUGCCAUGGCCAGAGAUGGCCUAAUCUUCAAAACACUUUGUAAGGUCAGCUCGAGGAAGAGUCCAGUGGUGGCCACUCUCUCGUCCGGUACUGUAGCAGCAAUAAUGGCAUUCUUAUUCGACCUGAAGGCGCUGGUCGACAUGAUGUCGAUUGGAACCCUCUUCGCCUACACUCUGGUGGCCAUUUGCAUUCUCAUACUCAGGUAUCAGGAGAGCGAGUCUGUGGAAAACGAUGUGCAUGUGACGCAAAGCUCCAUGUUCAGCUUUUUAAAACCUCCAUCUUACCCGACCAAGAAAACUUCAAACACCGUCACCACAUGCACUGCAUUCAUCAUCAUCUUGGUGUUGGUGCUGACAGUGCUGUUGACCAAAGCCAUCAGGAAUCUGCUGCUGCUGGAGGUUUGGAGCCUGGUGUGUAUGUCCGUAAUCCUCAUGCUGAUGAUGCUCAGCGUUCUGCUCAUCUGGAGGCAGCCGCAGAACCCCACCAAAGCCUCCUUCAUGGUGCCCUUCCUGCCUUUACUCCCUGUAGUGAGUGUGUUCAUCAACAUCUAUCUGAUGGUUCAGCUGGGAGGAGACACGUGGAUCCGCUAUGCAGUGUGGAUGGCUGUGGGACUGCUUAUCUACUUUGGCUACGGCGUGCGGAACAGUGUGCAGAAACAGCGGCUGCUGGGCAACCUGGUCAACAUCGAAACCAUGGAGACGAAGCCUGAGAAAGACAUGACCAAAGGAGGAGACAGUGCCAGUCCGGACAGUUAAACCACACGUCAGCCAGCGUUUCAGCAAUCAGCUAACAUUUUAUAACAAUCAGUUCACAUUUCUUAUCACAUUUCACUGAGAUGAUGAUGAAAAAGUUAUGCUUGUAUUUUUAUACUUUUAUAAAAAUGUUUGAUAUUUGAUAUUAUAUGCCAAAUAUCUGCUGUGUGAUGGACUGAUUCAUGACACUGUGCAGCAGUCCUUUGAAGUAAGAACAAGCUCAAGGUCAAAUAAAAAAGGGCUAAGCGAUACAUAAGCUCUCUCAAAGUGUGGUGUGUUUAAUACAUGUGAAUAGUAAUAAAGCUACACUGUUA